AUGACGAGAGGACGGGGGCGGCCAAAGAAACCGGUGCCACCGUCCACGGCGAGUCCCUUGCAGAUAGGGGGAACAAGUCAGCGCAAUACUGACGGCACAGCUGAAGCAAUACCACAGACAAUCGCGAAUGGUGGAAACGAAGGUAACGACGAAGACGAUGUAACCUCGCAAACCCUCGAAACUCCGAUUGACAACACCAUGGAUAAAAAGCUCUGGGUGGAAGUUCUGUCUGGCAAUCGCAACCCAGGGAAAGGAAUGAAGAUCGAAUUUGUCACUCCAAAGGUCACCAAUGGUGAGAUUGAAGUUGAAAUCGAUGAAUCUGACGUUGUUAAUGAGGUAAAAUUUUGGGAUUCAGCUUUAAUCAUGUAUAUGUUAGGUGGUGAGCUGAGUAUGAAUGGAGUUAAACAAUUCAUGAUAAAGAUGUGGAACUUUGUGAAGUUAGCAGACGUGUAUUACAAUGAGGAGGGAUAUUUCAUUUUGAGAUUUCACUCCUAUGCUGAUAGGGAUGCUGUACUAAUGGGAGGACCUUAUACCAUAAGAAACAUGCCCAUGUUGCUGAGAGAGUGGAAACCAAAUUUCAACCUGAAGAAUGACAUGCUGAGAACUCUGCUGAUUUGGGUUAAAUUGCCUCAACUCCCUUUGUAUCUCUGGGGUGCGAAGAGCUUAAGCAAGAUAGGGAGUGCUUUGGGUACCCCUCUUGUUACUGAUGAGUGCAUUGCUAACAAAUUCCGCAUCUCCUAUGCUAGGAUAUUAGUGGAGGUCGACAUUACUCAAGAGCUAGCUACUGAAAUUACUAUUAAAGACUCGGAGGGAGGGAGAAUGAAACAGCCAGUGAAAUAUGAAUGGAAGCCAACAUUCUGUGAUAAAUGUCAGAAAUUUGGACACCAGUGUGGAGCAAAGAAGAGGCUAGUGAAAAAUUGGGUACCUAAAGUCACAACAAAGGAAGUAAAUGAAGAGCAAAAGAGUGCAAGUCAGAAGGUGUCAACUCCUACUAAGCUACGUGUUGUGACCACUACAAACAAUGACCCAGAUAAUGGUGAAUGGACAACAAUGUGCAAAGGAGGUAAAGAUAGGGGAAAAAGCCAAUAG